AUGGCGACGAUGGGCUUCGGGUUCGGCGUAUUCCUCCUAUACUCCCGGAUCAACUCCGCCGCCCUGAGCUCAGCUUCGCCCCCAAUCUCCCCAAUCACGAUGAUGCCCUCCGUCUCGUCAUGCUCGAAGAACAGCUUCAGCCCAUCCACGAGCGUCGUCCCAGCUAGCAUAUCCCCGCCCAUCCCGACAACGAUGCUCUGCCCGAGGCCGACCUUGAGUACCGCUCUUGGAGACGAUGCCCACCUUGCCCCGUUUGUACUGCUUAUACGGCAUAAUGCCAAUCCUGCACUGUUCCGGCGCGAUGAUGCCCGGACAGUUGGGCCCAACCAGUCGGGUUUUCGUCUGUGUUCUCAGGACCUCGUGAACGCGCAGCAUAUCAUGUACGGGGACGUGCUCGGCCACGGAAACAACGAGGGCACCUCAGCCUCGAUAGCCUCGAGGAUUGCUUGGGCUGCGAACGGGGCGGGUACAAAGACGGACGUAGCGUGCGGCUUCACUUCUUCCAUUGCCUGA